AUGGCUUCGGUGUGUGUCAAUGGUGCUUCGGGAGCUAUGGGAGCGGCUCCCAUAACGGCGAAAGAUGAGCGCUGCAUCCUCUACACGUCUGCGGUGCGGAGCACUCAUAAAUUCGUGCGAGUUUCCAGUGGAUCGCGAGCUACAUUCUCUCAGUUGCGACGUUAUGAGGGUGAAUCAGUGGCGUCAUUUGGUCUGUUGGAAGCUCUCGAGCUGUCCGCCGAUCGAGAGACGCUGCAAGUGGAUUCUGCGGACGAUGACAUGGAGACAGGAGCAACCCAAUGCAAGUGCAAAUGCGGCGUGGUUGCAAGUCUUCGUGUAGUUUUUCUGGAUCGGAAGAGACCUCCUAGUGCGGUGCUUAGAGGAUUGCAACGAAUUGCCAGUAGAGUGUUGGACGGUGCGAUUGUGUGGAGUGGAAGACGCUCAUCGGUGAGCUGGCUGAACCGCAGAGAUGGAGUUGAGUUUGUAAAUGUGGAGUGGGAAACGACGGGUUCUGGAUGUUGCAAGCAGCUUGGAACAAUUUCGAGUGCGUCAAAUGUUGAGCUCAAUUUCAUAGGAGAUGACAGCCUCGACACUGCGACUUUUAAGUCGGCAGAGUGGUAUGUAGUGCAGAUUUCGAGUGAGCUCGGAGGUGUGGAGAAGUACGCGAGGAGGUUGUUGCAAUCGAUUUUGCAGCGACUUGGAGCAGCGCAAUAUGCGAAUGUGACGGUGAGACCGAGUGUCGGGGCACUGGUUAGCGGGCUCCCUGGUAUUGGCAAGACAGCGCUGGCGAGGGCAAUCUGUAAAUCUCUUGGUGUAAGGACGAUUUUCCUGAAUGCUGCAGACAUUUUCCAGACGUAUGUCGGUCACUCCGAGAAGCAGCUGGUCACGAUCUUCGAAACUGCGGUGCUACAAGCGCCUAGUAUUUUGCUGAUCGAUGGAAUAGAAGCGAUUGCUGGCAAUCGGCGCACUCUUGCUGAUUCGAACAGUGCGCUUGAGAUUGGUGUAUUGGGUUCGUUGCUGUCAUCUCUAGAGAAACUUAAAGCGUCGUCACAUCAGGUAUUCGUGCUGAGUACCACAAGUCGCCUAGGGGAUGUGGAUGCUGCAGUCCUCUCGAACGGAAGACUCGACCAAGUUGUUAGCAUUGAGCCUCCUACGCAAACGGAAAGGCUUGAAAUUCUGCGUAUCAUGACGAAAACGUGGCAAGUCGACGAGCUUGGCAGUGAAUUCCUGAACCAAUUAAGCGAAAGCACCGGUGGAUUUGUGGGGGCAGACCUCUUGAGUCUUUGCCAGAAGGCACUUCAAGUUUGUCUGAACGAGGCAGCAUCAACGAAGACGGAAGACAGUUCAAUGGUCUGUCCACGCCACUUUGAGCAGGCGCUUGCUGUGACCUACCCAUCCGUCCUCCAGACACACCACGUCUCACAAAAACAGCAACAACCGACGUCCACAUCAAUUCAAAAACAUGGAGAUACUGCAUCGAAUAGUGCUUUCUCUGGUGUCUUUGGUAUGGAUGACGCUAUCCAAACUCUCCACGUCUCACUGAUAGAGCCUCUUGAAGACUGUAGUCGAUUCUUGAGGUUCGGCACCACUCCACCCAAAGGUGUAUUGCUGACUGGCCCACCCGGAUCUGGUAAAACGCAUCUCACCAAUGCAGUCGCUGAAGAAGUUCGUCGUCGUGGACUCGCGUCAUUCGUAUCGGUCCAGUGUAGUGACUUGUUGACGAAGAUCGUCGGCGAUACCGAGAAAGCACUUCGCGAACUCUUUACCACUGCGAGAAAUGCGGCUCCGUGUGUGUUAUACUUCGAUCAGAUUGAGAGCAUUGCACCACUGCGAGGCUUUGACACGAGUACGGAGCAGACUUUUGACCGAAUGCUAAGUAUGCUUCUUGUUGAGAUGGAUGGCUUCAACACCAGCCGGACCAAGCUGCAGCAAAGUCUGGCAAGCGAUGAAGCGCGCAUGGCUUUCCUAAAGCAGCACGUGGUGAUUCUGGCCUCUACGACGAACAAGGAGCUUCUAGAUCCAGCCAUUCUUCGACCCGGACGUUUUGAUGUACAUAUUCAAGUAGAAUUCCCGGACGAGGAUGCGAGAUGUGCAAUAAUCGCUCGAGCGCUGGAGAAGGUUCCUGUUGACUACACUACUGAUCCAGUGCUCAGCUCUCGCGAGGUUCUUGCCAGAUACGUGGCUAAGCACACCAGUGGUUUAUCUGCUGGAGACGUGAGUGCCAUUCUUCGCGAAGCUGCCAUGGCGUCCAUGCGCGAAAAUUUGGAGGCCACAAGCGUAGCAAUCAAGUAUGUACUGCAAGCUCUGAACGAAUCUACGUCGUCGUCAGCUUCGGCUCUACCGGCAUCAUCGCCCACGCCACUGUUUGCACGCAGACGUGAUGGUGAAAGGAGGGGCAGUACCAAACGUCCUGGGGCCCCUCGAGCUUCAGUCCGUAGCAGCCACGCAAGGCAGCAGAGGGCAGAUGCUCGCCGCUUUGGUGCAUAA